AUGGUUCCAGGUCAUGACAGACCUGAUGUUUGUGAGCUCAAAGGCAGCCUGCAGAUCUCUACGCCCAGUGGGCAGCAGCUGAGCUUAGAACCCCAGUUAUCCUAUAGUCUGAUGGCCCUCUGUGACAAGGCCAGUCAAUCUAGCGCUGGAUGGGCAGGGAGGGAGUUUGCCCUUUCAUUCAUGCAGAAUUAUGCUGCACACUAUGAUACUCCUCGCUUCCAGCUGUACAUCAGUGCUAUUCAGGCCAAUGCUAAAGUGACAGUGAGAGUGCCUCCCUUAAACUUCAAGAAAGAGACAACUGUUAAGGUUGGAGAAACGGUCACCAUAAGUCUCCCCACUACUGUUGAGAUGUAUGGCAGUAAGAAAUCUCCCAACACAGUUUGCAUUGAUGCUUCAGCAGAUGUGACUGUAACCUCCUUCAACUACAAGCUGUAUACAGCAGACACCUCUGUGGUGUAUCCUAUCACUGAAUGGGGGAAAGAAUAUUACAUCUUUACACCUUCUGGAUCCCCCUAUGGUUCCUUUAAAGAGUUCGCUGUAACAAAUGGAAAAGAGAAGAACAUAAUUGAGGUUUCCCUACGAGGCCCAAUCAAGUUCCAGGGUCGUGUCUAUGACAAGAAAAGCCCACUUGUAAUAGAGCUUCAACCCUAUGAGAGCGUUCAGCUACAGAGCCAUUAUGAACUAUCCGGCACCAGAGUUGACUCCCAGCACCCUGUUGCUGUUUUCACAGGUCACACUUGCACCUGGCACUUCUCUAAAUGUAACCAUGUUUAUGAGCAGCUACUACCAGUAAGCAAAUGGGGAACCAACUUUAUUGUGCCUCCCUUGAGCUAUCAGAGCAAAUUUGACAGUGUCUAUCUCCAGGCUUCCCAGCCCACCCAGGUCACUGUCCAGUAUGGCAACCGUAAAGACAUCUUGAAGUUGAUCAGGGGUCAGAUCACUGAGAUCAAAUCCCGCAACCCUAAUACAAUGUCUAUUCAAGCUAAUCACGGUAUCCAGGUCCUCAUGCUCUUCAAUGGUGUCAAAAUGUGGCGCGCAAUCUAUGACCCUUUCUUGAUGACCAUUCUGCCCACUGACCGCUUCUGCUCCUCUUACUCCAUGGAGGCUCUGGGUGGCUUCACAAACCAAGCCCUGAUUGUGGCAAAGACCAGUGUGACAGCAGAGUUGCGUAUUGAUGGAGCCAAGUUGCCCCGUGGUGUCCAGUGGAAAACAGUUACAGGGACAGAUUUCUCUUGGGCGAUGAUGUCCUACAAACAAACCUCUGGCAACACUAGAAAAACUGUUUCCAGCUCUGGCUCUGGCUUUGCUCUCUACAGUAUAGGAAUUAGCUAUAUGAAUGGCUAUGGUGCCCCAGGACAAUGUCUACAGCCAGAGGGUGGAUCCUGCAGUAGUAUCACCUGCCGUGCCAAUGAGGUGUGUGAAAUGAAGGGUAACCAUCCCACUUGUGUACCAAAGCCAGUGAAACCCGAAACUGGCAUCUGCUGGGCCAUGGGAGACCCCCACUACCAUACCUUUGAUGGGCGAAAAUAUAACUUUAUGGGUACCUGCACCUACGUCAUUGCUAAAAACUGUGCAAAGGAUGAUCAACUCCCAGCCUUUGAGGUGCUCGCCCAAAAUGAGAACAGAGGAAGCCUCAGGGUAUCAUAUGUUGCCUUGGUCACAGUGAAGGUGUAUGACAUCACUAUCACUGUAGUUCGUUCUGAGACAGGUCGUGUAAGGAUUGACAACAGUCUGUGGGGUUUGCCAAUAGCUUCGAAGAACAAUAAACUGAUUAUAUAUCAGAGCGGCCGCUCUGUGGUUAUUAAGGCUGAUUUUGGUUUGACUGUCAAAUACGACUGGGAACACUAUCUUGUGGUCACUUUGUCCAGCAGCUAUGCUCAAAAGACUUGUGGUCUCUGUGGAAACUUCAAUGGCAAUCCCAAUGACGAUUUCACCACACCGUCAGGCAGCCAAGCAGCUGGGGUUGUGGCCUUUGGAAAAAGCUGGAAGGUGCCAGGGCUGGUGAAAGAUGCUUUGUGUAGAGAUGACUGUGUGGGUGGGUGUGAGCGCUGUGAACACAGCCUGAUGAAGAUGUGGGAAGGUGACUUAUUUUGUGGGCUCAUCUCACUUGUAAUUAAUGGGCCAUUCAGCAAAUGCCAUGCUACCAUAGACCCACAAGCAUACGUGCAGAACUGUAAAUACGAUGUAUGCAUGGGAGGCGGCCUUCGACAUUUCCUCUGCAGAGCAUUGGAAGCUUACGCUCAAGCCUGCCAGGAUGCUGGGAUCCAGAUUCAAGUUUGGCGGGGGAUGGCAAAAUGUCCUGCUAAAUGUCCUGCCAACAGCCACUAUGAGCUCUGUGGCAGUGCCUGCCCAGCCACUUGUGCUGACCCUAAUGCUCCUUCCAAAUGCAAGUGCCCUUGUGUGGAAACCUGCACCUGUAAUCAAGGCUUUGUUUGGAGUGGAAGUCAGUGUGUGUCUGCCGCUCAGUGUGGCUGUACCUAUGAGGGUCGAUACAUUCCUGCAGGAGAGUCAUUCUGGGCUGACCACAGCUGUAAGCGAUCGUGUAAAUGUACUGCUGGAAGCGGACAUGUGCAAUGCCAGGAUAAAGGCUGUGGGAAAGGGCAGCAGUGCAAAGUGGUUGAGGGCAUUAGAAAGUGCCAAGCAAUCUCCUACAGCACCUGCCAGGCCACAGGUGACCCCCAUUAUGUGACCUUUGACAAGAAGAGGUUUGACUUCAUGGGCACAUGUGUGUACCAACUGGCUGCACUUUGCUCCAAGAACCCAGAGUUAGUGCCCUUUGAGGUGUUGGUGCAGAAUGAUCACCGGGGCAGCAAAGUUGUUUCCUACACCAAGUUAGUGGAGGUCAAGGUGUUCUCCCACAGUAUUGUCAUCACUAAGACACACAAGGGCCUGAUUAUGCUGAAUAAUGAGCUGGUCAACCUGCCUGUCACCCUCGAUGGAGGAAAGGUGUCUGUGUAUAAGAGUGGCUGGUACGCUGUGAUCACCACAGACUUUGGCCUCAAAGUAUCCUUUGACUGGAGAAGCUCUGUGUUUGUAACACUGCCAAGCAACUACAUGGGAGCUGUUUGUGGCCUCUGUGGCAACUACAAUGGCAAACACCAGGACGACCUGAUUCCUAAGAAUGGUGGCAAACCUGUUGCACCAGCAGAUUUCGGCUCCAGCUGGCGAGUGGCUGAGAUCCCGGGCUGUGUUGGAGGCUGUAAAGGGGUGUGUCCUGAUUGUGACAUCACACAGAAAGUUAAAUAUCAAAAAGGAGAUUUCUGUGGUUUGAUCAGUGAUCCCAAAGGGCCGUUCCGUGACUGCCAUGCUAAGGUGAACCCAGCUGGCUACUUUGACGACUGUGUUUAUGAUGUAUGCCUGUAUAAGGGCAGGAGGGAUGUGCUGUGUCAGGCUAUUACAUCAUACACAACUGCCUGCCAGGCUGCAGGGGCCAUGGUGCAUAGCUGGAGAACCAGUCAGUUCUGUGCGGUGAAAUGUCAAGUCCACAGCCACUAUGAAGUUUGUGCAAUUGCAUGUCCUGCCACUUGUCAGAGUCUGGCCCCUCCUAAAGGUUGCGAAGGUCUCUGUAAGGAGGGCUGUUCCUGUGAUGAGGGGUACAUCCUCAGUGGAGAUCACUGUGUUCCCUUCGCAAAGUGUGGUUGCCUCUAUAAAGACCGCUACUACCAAAUUGGCCAAGUGUUUUAUCCCAGUGGGCAGUGUCAAGAGGAGUGCAAGUGCACACAGGAUGGAGUGGUUGACUGUAAGAAGUUUAAGUGUGGUGCUAAUGAAAAGUGUAAAGUGGAGAAUGGCGUCCAAAAAUGUCAUCCAGUUGGUAAGGGUGUUUGCCGUGCCUCUGGUGACCCACAUUACAAAUCUUUCGACGGGAAAUUAUUUGAUUUCCAAGGCACCUGCACCUACACACUCUCCAAGAGCUGUGGGCUGGAGGGCACACACCUGGUGGCCUUCUCUGUUAACGUGGAGAAUGUUAAGUGGAAUAGGAUAAUGAACAACAAAAUAGUUUCUGUCACCAAGCUGGUUGCUGUGGAGGUCUAUGGCUUAACUCUAAUCAUGAGAAACAACAUGUUUGGAGUCCUGGUAAAUGGAGUGUAUAAUAACAUUCCCCUGAAUCUUAAUGAUGGAGCAGUGGAGGUCUCUCGGGAAGGCACCCAUUAUGUUAUUAAGACAAAUUUCGGACUGUGUGUCACUUAUGACCUGGUCUACCAUGUUACAGUAACAGUGCCUGGUAAUUACCGUGGUAAGGUCUGCGGUCUGUGUGGCAACUUCAACAGUAACCCAAAAGAUGACUUCCAGUUACCCAAUCAUAAGCUGACCAAUAAUGUGAAUGUGUUUGGAAAGUCGUGGAAGGUCACCAUCCCUAAUGUGGUUUGUGAAAAUGGCUGUCAAGGGAAUAAUUGUCCCAACUGUAGCCCGGCUCAGAAGGCUGUGUUUUCAAAGUCCACUUAUUGCGGUAUUGUUAAAGAACCCAAAGGUCCUUUCGCAGACUGUCGUAGUAAACUGGACCCAGAGCCAUAUUUUAAAGACUGUAUAUUUGAUGUGUGCGCUUCCAACGGUGAUGAUAAGGUGCUGUGUGACAGCAUAGCAGCCUAUACCUUUAACUGUCACAUGGCAGGAGCAAGUGUCAAAAACUGGAGGACACCUUCAUUCUGUCCCAUGAAAUGCUCAGCCAAUAGUCACUAUGAGGCAUGUGCAGAUGUCUGCUCCUCAUCCUGCGAAGGCCUCACAGAGAUAGUCCAAUGCUCCACCACCUGCAUGGAGGGCUGUGAAUGUGAUGAUGGCUACUUAUUCAAUGGGCAGACAUGUGUGAAGGACACUCAGUGUGGCUGCUAUGAUAAUGGAAAAACUUACAAGGCUGGUGAAGUGGUGUAUGACGAAGGCUGUAACACAAAAUGUACCUGUAAUGCAGCAACAGGCCUUGUCUGUGAAAAGCAUUCCUGCCCCAAAAACACCAAGUGCAUGGUCAAGAAAGGAAUCAGGGCUUGCUACAACACAGAUCCCUGCAAAGAUGCCAAAUGUCGAGUCAAGGAGAAGUGCCGUGUUGAGAAGGGUGACGCUGUGUGCAUCCCUGAAUACACAGGCACCUGUUGGGGCUGGGGGGACCCCCACUAUCACACAUUUGAUGGGUACAACUAUGACUUCCAGGGCACUUGUAAAUACAUAAUCUCAAAGACUUGUGGGAACCUGGACGGUCUAGUUCCAUUCUCAAUUACUGAGAGGAAUGAUAAUCGGGGAAACACCGCUGUUUCCUAUGUGAGGGAGGCAGAUGUGUCUGUUUAUGGGUUCACAAUCACUGUCCACAGGAGCCAAGUUGGUCGAGUCACGGUGAAUGGGGAACUGCUAAAUCUACCUGUACAGCUGGAUGAUGGUAAGGUGUCAGUGUAUCAAUCUGGUUCCUCUGCAGUGGUGAAGACAGAUUUUGGCCUAAUUGUUUCCUAUGACUGGAACACGGAACUAAUCAUCAAGUUGCCCAGCAGCUACUAUGGCAGUGUCUGUGGUCUGUGUGGAAACUUUAAUGGUAACAAAGGUGAUGAGCUCCGUAAUCCAGAAGGCAAAACCGUCUCCUCAGUGAUAGAGUGGGGCAAGAGCUGGCAGACGCCUGACCAGGACAAAGACCAUCCUUGCUGGGACACAUGUGUGAAAAACUGUCCUACCUGUAACAAUAAUGACCGCAAGCUCUAUCAGACUCAGGCCCUCUGCGGGGCCCUCACAGCCAAUGCCAAUAGUGUGUUCAAGGGAUGUUAUGGAAAAUUGUCCCCUGAGGCCUUUAUGAACAGCUGUGUGUAUGACAUGUGUUUGAAUAAGGGAGACAAGAAGAUGCUGUGCCAGGCGUUGGCCUCCUACAAUAAGCAGUGUCGGGAUAAAGGGGUAAUGAUCAAGGACUGGAGACAAAAGUUUGGCUGCCCAAUGAACUGUCCGCGUCACAGCCACUAUGAAGACUGUGCAAGCCCAUGCCAGCCAUCCUGCCCGUUUCCUGAUCGUAAGCAAGCCUGCAUCGGUGCCUGUGUGGAGACCUGUGUGUGUGAUAAGGGUUAUGUCCUCAGCGCAGGUGUCUGUGUGCCUUCUAAAACAUGCGGUUGCUCCCAUCAGGGCCGCUACUACAAACCAGGCCAGCACUUCUGGGCUGAUGAGGCUUGUAGUCGCCUCUGUGAAUGUGAUACAACCCUUGGCAUGGUGAUAUGCCGUCAGGCUUCCUGCUCUGCCAAAGAGAGGUGCACUGUAGUGGAUGGAGAGCGUGCCUGCCGACCCAUAAGUUAUGCCAAGUGCACAGCCUCAGGUGACCCACAUUACCGGACUUUUGAUGGGCGCAAGUUUGACUUCCAGGGUACAUGUGUUUAUCAGCUGGUUGGACUGUGCUCAGAGCAGGCAGGGCUAGUGCCUUUCAAGGUGACUGUGCACAAUGACCACCGGGGAAGCAAGGCAGUAUCCUACACAAAGACAGUCAAAUUCUCCAUAUAUGGCAUCACCAUCAUGAUCUCCAAAGAAUAUCCCCGCAGAGUCCUGCUCGAUGGGCAACUUGCUUCGCUGCCGUUGAAUUACAAUAAUGAGCUGAUGGUGUCUAUCAGUGGCCGGACAGCUGUAGUGGAGACACUUGCUGGUAUCACUGUGACAUUUGACUGGCACAGCAGAGUGAGUGUUACUCUGCCCAGCAACUACCAAGGUGCAGUGUGCGGUCUGUGUGGCAACUAUAAUGGAAAAGCCCAAGAUGACCUGACCAUGAGGAACAGUCAGACUGCCCCCAAUGGAGCCAAGCUGGGGGAGAGCUGGCAGGUGGCCAUUGUACCAGGCUGUUCAUCAGUCUGCCAGGGGGCAUGGUGCCAGGCCUGUUCAAACUCCCAGAAGAAAGUGUACGAGGCCCAAAAGUACUGUGGUAUUAUUGCUGACAAGGCAGGGCCUUUCAGAGAUUGCCACAGCCAUGUGGAUCCUGCACCUUACCUUGAAGAUUGUGUGUACGAUGCCUGUAAUUAUCAUGGUCACCACAAAUCAGUUUGUGAUGCUGUGGGAGUCUACAUCUCUGCCUGUCAAAGCCAGGGAAUCACCAUCCACUCCUGGAGAACAAAUACCUUCUGUCCAAUGGAGUGUCCAGAUAACAGCCAUUAUACCCUGUGUGCCACGGGUUGCCCAGCCACCUGUGCCGGCUUAAUCCCCCUUACCACGUGCCACAGGCCCUGCGCUGAAGCCUGCGAGUGUGAUGAAGGCUACCUACUGAGUGGUGAUACCUGCGUGCCUGUGAGAGACUGUGGCUGCUCCUACGAUGGUCAAUACUACAGGAAAGGAGACGUCUUCUACCCAGAAACCAAGUGUUUGGACCAAUGUGUUUGUGGAGAGAACGGUGCUGUGUCCUGCAAAAAGACCAAGUGCCGUCCAGGGGAGACCUGUAAGCUCUUAAACGGAGUGAAAGGCUGCCACCCUGAGGGGCAAGCCAAGUGUGUAGCCUCUGGUGACCCCCAUUACAUCUCCUUUGAUGGACGGAGGUUUGAUUUCCAGGGUACUUGUAUCUAUGUGUUGGCCAAGGUUUGUGAUGACAACAAAGGCCAGCUGACACCAUUCACUGUAACACAGGGGAAUGAAAAAUAUGGAAAUGGGAAAGUGGCUGUUACCAAAUCGGUUGCACUGACAAUCUACGGUUAUACCAUUCACAUCCAGCAGCGAGUGCCUUGGAAAGUCCUUGUGAAUGAUGAACUUCUGAACCUUCCUCUCUCCCUGCAUAAUGACCAUCUCAGAGUCACUCAGGAAGGUCACAACAUAAUUGUUCGGACAGACUUUGGGCUGACAGUCCUCUAUGACACUGUCUACUAUGUUGAGGUGAUUGUUCCAUCAACAUACCAGGGCAAGAUGUGUGGUCUUUGCGGCAACUACAACAAAAAAACUGGUGAUGACUUCAUACUUCCUAGUGGCAAACGAACACAGAACAUCGAUGACUUUGGGAAGGCGUGGGUGGUAGACCUGCCAGGGCAUGUGUGUGGUGGCUGUGGAGGUCAGUGUCCAGUAUGUGACAAGGCCAAGGCCACCUUGUAUGGAAAACCAGAUUCCUGUGGCAUCCUGAGUUUACCUAAUGGGCCAUUCAAAGCCUGCCAUAGUAUUAUAGACCCAGCAGCAUAUGUGUCCAAUUGUGUGUUUGAUGUUUGCGCUACGGAUGGCAACAAAGAUACUCUGUGUAACAGCGUUCAGGCCUAUGCUUUGGCCUGCCAGAGUGCAGGAGUUCUAAUUCAGCCCUGGAGGAGCAAGUCCUUCUGCCCUGCUUCCUGCCCUCAGCACAGUCACUUUGAGAUGUGUGCAGACACCUGUGUUGGGACUUGUGCUGGCUUUAUUAGCCCAUAUUCCUGUUCUAAAAGCUGUUUUGAAGGGUGCCAAUGUGAUGAUGGCUUUGUUUUUGAUGGCAUCCAAUGUGUUCGCUUGGAAAGCUGUGGUUGUGUGCACAAAGGCAGAUAUCUGACGGUGGAUGAGACAGUUGUGGACAAAGACUGUACAUCCAAGUGCGUAUGCCAGGCCUCUGGGCUGGUGAAGUGUGAAAAGCUGUCCUGUGUUAGUGGGGAGGUUUGCAGUAUAAGAGAGGGAGUCAGAGCCUGCCACCUCAAACAGGGCAGCUGCAAGAUCAACAAAGCUGCCCACCUCACCUCUUUUGAUGGCAUGUCUGGAGCAAUAACAGCUCUCGGGGCAUUUGAAGCGGCAUCUCUGUGUGAUGAGACCUCUAAGCUGUGGUUCCGUGUAGUUGUGGACGUCAGGCGCUGCAGUCAAUUUCCCUCUGUUGACACUGUGUAUGUGUUCUUCAAGGACACCACCGUCACUGUGAACAGCCAGCAAGUGACCUGGAUAAAUGGCAGGAAAGUGUCUAUUCCCAGCAAAGUGACAAGUGAAGUAUCUGUCCAAAAAUCAGGGGAAACUGUAAUCAUUGAAAGGGCAUCUGCUGUGCGGGUCACCUACUCUAUCACAAAGGAGGUCUCCGUCAUUAUUCACCACAGCCUAGCCGGUAAAAUAUGUGGUGCCUGUGGUAACUUCAAUGACAACUCUAAAGAUGAUUGGAAGACAGCAGAUGGAAAAAUUACCACUGAGGUGUCUGUGGUUGUUGGCUCCUGGAGCGCUGGGGACUUUUCUAAAUGUGGCCUGUAG